UUCGAGUUAAAUGCAAUUUUAAUUCACUCUCGGACAGUGAAUCGAGAGAAAACAACGACUGUCAAUGCGACGCUGGACUAUUCAGGGUCCUGACACGAAGAAUUUUUGGAUUUUUUGUGUCACACAAGAGGAAGUUACGGUUUACCCCCUUCCUUAGCCCCCUCAGCUAGCCACCCCCUACCCUUUGCUCGCACCUCGUUUGCACACUUUGUUUUUUUGUUAUGCAGUUACCGGAGGACUGUUAUCUUACUCGUUUUCCUCUACCACCUCUUGGCUCCCUUUCCCCCAUCUCUCUGGCCCUAUGUCUCGGUGGCUGUUCCCCUGGUCGGGCUCAAUAAAGAAGCGGGCCUGUCGAUAUCUUUUACAGCAUUACCUCGGUCACUACUUACAGGAACGACUGAGUUUGGACCAACUGAGUUUGGACCUUUACAAUGGCAGUGGGGUUAUCAAAGAAAUCAACCUCGAUGUGUGGGCAGUCAACGAGCUUCUGGAGUCGCUUGGGGCUCCUCUAGAGAUAUUGGAUGGUUUUGUGAGCAGCAUUGCUGUUACCAUACCAUGGGCAGCCCUUGUCACUGACCAUUGUACCCUAGUCAUCUCCGGGCUACAAAUAACAUGCCGUCCCAAGUACAGGACCAGUGGGAGCUGGGACUCCCAAGGCUGGUCCUCAUGUAUGACCUCCAGCAUGCAGCUGGCCCAAGAGUGCCUGAAGGACCCCCCCGAGGCGUCCGAAGAGCCGCCUGCUCCCCUGGAGGGGCUGGAAAUGUUUGCACAGACCAUUGAGACAGUUUUACGUCGGAUAAAAGUCACCUUCCUGGAUACCAUAGUGAGAAUCGAGCACCAUCCCCUGGACUCUGAUACUGGGGUUGCCUUAGAGAUGCACAUUAAACGGCUGGAUUACUGUGAUGAAGCAGUGAGAGACUCCAGUCAGACAGUGCCUGUGGAUAUUCACCAGCCCCCAGCCUUUGUGCACAAGAUCCUGCAGCUCAGUGCUGUCCAGCUCUUCUAUGAGAACAUGAAAGGGCCUCAGGAACUGAUUGCUGAUGAAGACUCAGUCCCUGAGGAAGAGGAAGGAGAGGAGAAGUCAGAGGUGUCUGUGACCCCUCCACAGUCCUCCCAGCAUCCUCUGCUCAUUGGCAACUGUUCGGGCUUUAUUGAGACCACUGUCAAAAUCAAGCAAAAUGACAUGCUCCCUGGACCUAAGUUGGAAUUGGAUGGUAGAGUGGGCUGCCUUCACCUGCUGCUCUCCCCAAGUCAGAUCACUCACCUGACAGACCUGCUCUCUGCUCUGUCUAUUGAAACAGAGUCCCGUGGUAAGACUGGAGGGGGUCAGAGCAGACCUCUGGGAUCGGAGGACCUCAGGCUGAUUGAAGAGGACCUGGGUAAACUGCUCACCUCUGACACGGCCGAGAGGGACCUGGAGCUGGACACAGAGCCCUACCUCAGCGGUCUGGAGAACGGAGAGAUGUUUUAUUCCAUGGGUCCUGGUAUGAGUAGCAGUGUGACGUCAGUUCGCUCUGGCAGUGAACUCUCAGACAGUGACAUGGAGUCAUCUACACACAGUCUGCAAAGCCUUUCACAUACAAACCCUCUGUCACCACAGGGAAUUCCUAGACGCUAUCCUGUACCAGGAUCACUAACAAGUUUGCCUCAGUCUAACAGACCCCCAGGUCGCUCGUCCCGCGGUAACCACCCGGAGCCCAUGAAGCCUGAUGCUUUGCUCCGCCUCAGUUUGGGCGGAGUCACACUAACAAUGCUAGAACAGGAGCCACCUCUUGGACCUGACGGACGCUCCUCAUUGGCUGAGGUGUCUAAGGUGUUCUUCCAGGAGCUGGCUUUCUUUAAGGACAGCAUGUUCAGCGAGAGAGACUUCCAGCGUUUACGAGGGAGCUUUGCCAAAGCAUGCCCACAUUCUCACCUCAGGGUGACGGGGGCUGCAGUGCAGGUGUCAUGCGAGAUGCGCAGUGCAGGGCGCCAUGCCCGAGCUGUGACCUCUGACCUCUCCUUCAGCAGGCUGGAAGUUCUGGAGUGUUUAUGGGAGCCAAAGAUCCCCCAGUAUUCUGAGCUGCUACAAUUUCAGAGCGCUGGACUCUUCACUGUAGGAGUCACAGCCCGGCCCUGUGCCCAGCUACACUACAGUCUCACCGAGAGGCAUCUCCGUAAGGGCGGAGCGAAGCAGCGUGUUGUACGCAGGGACAGUGUUGUGCGUAUCGAACUGGGAGAACUGACCACUGAGCUUGAUUUGGACAUCCUGGGUCGACUGGACGGUCUGGUCCAGGCUUUGAGUCAUUGUCCAGUUCAGACAGUGGGGCCCAUGCAUUCUCAGACUCAGACAGUAGAGCUGCGGUCCUCUUUGACUCUCCUCUCGCCUCAUGCGGUGCUGAAGUUGCGGUUCCCCAUCCCUGACCUUCGACCUGUGGACCUAAGGCGCCCCCCCUCUCAGCGGGCGGUCCGCACUGAGACUCUGAGUUUAGAGAUGUCCAACCUGGAGCUGAGGACCCAGCAGGGACCAGACAUCCAGAAUGAAUCCCCUGGCACUCCCGCUGCCAACCUUACCAAACUGUUUGAGGCCAGCUUCAGUGACCUGCAUGGCGUGUACGAGGGUUGGGAAGGAGGUACUUUCCCCUGUAUACGUGUCCAGAAGAGCCCAGACCCGCAAAACGCGGAGGGCACUCCCAGGAUUUCAGUGCGAGUGAAUGGGGGUGACGGAGGCCGCGAGGGUGGAGGUCUGGCUGGGAUGGGGCUGAACAGAGACCUGGGUUUGGGUUCCAUUUCUAUGGAGAACCCCUGUGAGCUGAGAGAGAAGAACAGCUCCCCGUUUUCCUCCAACCGUACCAUGUUUGAAACUGAGGAGAUGGUGAUUCCAGCAGAUCCAGAGGAGAUGCGUGAGUUUCAGUCUCAGUGUGUGUCCCAGUGUCAGUGUGUGGUGGACAUCACACUACCUGUGGUAUAUAUCCUGCUACCCAGUAAAGAGGCUUUCCAGAGCAUAUACAACAGGAUCAAUAACGACCUGUUGAUGUGGGAGCCCCCUCCUCCUCCCCCCUCUCCCCCCAAGGAGUCUUCUCGUAGCCACCAGCGUUAUUCUGAAGACGAGGAGUUUCAGCUCUGUAAAUCUGCCUUCCGACUCGAUUCGGACUCGGAGGAAGAUGAGCCUCAGUUCUACUCAGCCAAUGAAUCAGCGAGGCGAAAACAGGCAGAACCUCACCCUGACCACAACCUCAGCCUUCUCUGUCUAACUGUCCUGAUUGGCAAGGGCCGCCUCCAGGCCAUGACGGACAGCAAGAAUGAGGCGGGAAAGAGAGUGGAACACUGCCAUGGGGAGUUCUUGUUGGACCUCGAAGGAGGGAAAAUUUUCAGUGUUACUCAGCAUCAGAAUAAUCCUCAUCUCAACUUCCUGACUCUGGAAAGCAGGAAAGUGGAGCUUUACCACAAAGCGACAGUCCCAGAUUCACCCAUUCCUGUGAGAUUGGAAAUGCCCAGGUUUACUCCCCCAAGCCAUUUGGACCCUACCAUUUAUCCUACAGAGGUGGGAGUUAGCUGUGUGGGUGGCAGAGAGACAGAUGUUCAGAUGCUGUCAACUGCCAUCAAAAUUACACUAGACCUUCAAAGGAAUGUCAAGGAAUUCCUGGUUGCUCUGCGACUCCAAGGUGCUACUUUACGCCAUUAUAUGGCGUUAACCAAUCACAGCUGGCACGAACAGAUGGUGGAUUUUCUAGAUGUCAUUGACGACGAUAUCUUAGGAUACACACCUCCUGCCAUCAUCACAGUCUUACACACACACCUGGCCACCUGUGCUGUUGACUACAGGCCGCUUUACCUCCCACUGCGAGUAGUGUUUACAGCUGAAUCCUUCUCUCUGUCCAGUAAUAUCAUUGUGGACACUGCCACCUUUCACCUCAGGUUUAUCCUGGAUGAUUCUGCCCUGUACCUGUCUGAUAAGUGUGAGAGUGAUACAGUGGAUUUGAGACGAGACUAUGUGUGUGUGUUAGAUAUCGACCUUCUGGAACUCGCCAUCACCACAUGGAAAGGCAGCAACUCUGGCAAGCUUGCUCAACCUCUGUUUGAACUGCGCUGCUCCAAUAACGUGGUGCACCUGCACACCUGCGCAGACUCCUGCGCAGCCCUCAUCAACCUUCUGCAGUACCUGGUCUCUCAGGGCGACCUGCACCCCCCUCCUCGCCACGCCUCCCCCACAGAGAUAGCUGGACAGAAACUGCCGAUGUCAGAAAGUCCCGCCUCCAUCCCACCCUGCCCUCCAGCUGAGACUGCUGAAAUCAACCAAUGUGAUCUUACCGAUGCCUUGAUUGACACUGAGAGGACCCAACGAGAGGAGGAUCAUGAUGCUAGUUCUGCCGGCUCAAUCCAGAGAGCAUCACCUGUCUCCGUCUACCUGUUUCCUGGAGAAGCUGCCAAAGGCCGUCCGUCUGUUCUGGAGGGGGAGGAGUCUGAGCUUGAUGGACUUGUGACAACAGCCAUUGAGGCUCACACAGAUAUGAUGUCAGAGGAGGGGUCGGAAUGUUCCACAGACAAUGAUGACUUCUGUAUCCUAGAGGCCCCUGGGAUAGGCAUUCCUCCUAAAGAUGGAGAGCCUGUGGUGACUGUGUUGAGCACUGGACCCAUAAAGGUCAGAGAUGGAUAUUUCUCUCGUCCCCGUGGCAGCUCGGACCUUCUGCGUGCUCCAUCCCGUUUCCCCGUGCCCCAGAGCAGAGUGGUCCUCCGAGAGGUGUCUGUCGUCUGGCAUCUCUACGGGGGCAAAGACUUUGGGGGAAAGCCUCCCUCUGUGCUUACGCAACACAGCCAGAGGGGCCGCCCCACUCCUCAUGGGGCCAGAGGCUCUCCUUCCCGCUCUGUGGCCCCCUCACGACCCCAAAACUCCUGGCGCUGGGUAGGAGGAAGUGGGAGGCAGCACAACUUACUGAUGGAGAUCCAGCUAACUAAGGUGAGCUUCCAGCACGAGUCGUACCAGGUGGCGCAGCCCCCCGCCGUCCCAGGACAGGAGGCUGAAGGAACGGGGGUCGGGGAGCAGCCACUGUCCAGACAAGUCUUCAUCGUACAAGAACUGGAAGUCAGAGACAGGCUGGCCUCCUCUCAGAUCAACAAGUUCCUCUACCUGUACACCAGCGAGAGCAUGCCACGCCGAGCUCAUUCGAACAUGCUGACGGUGAAGGCUCUUCAGGUGUGUCCUGAUUCAGGUCUUGGAGGACCAGAAUGCUGCUUGAGAGUCAGUUUACUACCACUCAGACUCAACAUAGACCAGGAUGCUCUUUUCUUCUUAAAAGACUUCUUCAGCAACAUGGCUGCCGGAGUUAACCCCUACCUACCCGUUGACCCAGCAUCUGAAGUGAGGUCUGAUCCUUCCCAAAAGCAGUCGGAGGAGGCGGAGCUUGGUGCUGGACUUGGCCCUGACCUCACCGCGUCCGUGGAGACGACAUACAGUGAGCAGAGCUCUUCCUCUGCUGGUUCCUCCUCUUCCUCCGAUCAACCAAUCUACUUCCGAGAGUUUCGGUUUACCUCUGAAGUUCCCAUCUGGCUGGACUAUCAUGGCAAGCAUGUGGUUAUUGAGCAGGGAACGUUUGCAGGUAUUCUGAUUGGUUUAGCCCAGCUCAACUGCUCAGAGCUGAAGCUCAAAAGACUCUGCUGUAGACAUGGACUUCUUGGAGUUGAUAAAGUGAUUCAGUAUGCAGUUAACGAAUGGUUAACUGACAUUAGGAAGAACCAGUUGCCAGGAAUUCUUGGUGGUGUAGGCCCCAUGCAUUCUGUGGUACAGCUCUUCCACGGCGUGCGGGAUCUGUUCUGGAUGCCCAUAGAGCAGUACAGAAAAGAUGGGCGCAUUAUCCGCGGUCUCCAGCGGGGGGCAGCGUCCUUUGGCACCUCCACCGCUUCUGCUGCCCUAGAGCUGAGUAACAGACUGGUGCAGGCCAUACAGGCAACUGCUGAGACAGUGUAUGACAUCUUGUCUCCGACUCCUCCUCUGACACGGUACAUCACCGAGGGCCGUCCAGUGUCCCGCCCACGCCGGAACCCUCAGCCUGCGGACCUCAGGGAAGGGGUUGCCAAGGCCUACGAUACUGUUAGAGAAGGAGUGAUUGACACAGCUCAGACCCUAUGCGAUGUUGCAUCUCGCGGGCACGAACAGAAAGGUCUUCCGGGAGCGGUGGGUGGAGUCCUGCGCCAGAUCCCGCCCACUGUUGUACGUCCACUCAUAGUUGCCUCUGAGGCCACCUCGAACCUGCUGGGAGGCAUGCGGAACCAAAUUAAACCGGACGCACGGAAAGAGGACUUCUUAAAGUGGCGCACAGAAGAAGGCCAAGAGUGACUGUAGGGGGAAAGUGAGAUUUAGCAUAAAUGAAGAGUGUGUGUGAGACUGAAGGAUGUGUAUCUGUGAGAGUAUGAGUAUAUCUGUGAGUAUUAUUGGACAAAAAAAAACAAAAAAAACACACACACACAAAAAAAAAACCUGGUAGUGUCUCAGCUGAUGUUUUAAGUGGCUUCCAGAGGUAAGUGGCACACUUUUUUCAUGCAAAGGAUAAAGUUCAUUUUUGCACUUAUUAGCAAAGCUUGAUGGAAAUCUGUAAGUGCAACUCCCUGAUAUUUCGUCCUAUCUGAAAGUAUGCAAUCAUAUCAGUCUUUUUCGUUGUUGAACGCUCAGCAAAAGACUUGCUCCUUUCUUUUCUUUCUCCUUUCCUUUUUUCUUUUAACUGAUAACAGACAUCUAGGGCUUUAUUCAGGGCUUGCUAUCUUUGUUCUUUUUUCUGUUUUUUUUUUUGUUUGUUUUUUUUGUGAAUUAUUCGGUAUGUCUCUUAGCAAGCCUGUCGGGACAGAGAUAUGAAACAAGAGAAACGUUCUUAUUGUCGACAAUGUGAGAAACUUUGUAUGCUUGUUGUUAAUGUGGGGGCCUUGCCAUGAUCAUUUUAACAGUAGGAAUGUGAUAUAUCCUAUACCAGUCUUCUCAUUUGUGUGUCAAAAGUGUGUGCUUAGAAUCCCAUCCUAUAUUUUGUGCCAUAAGAUCGCCCAUGUUGAAGACGAAUUCUA